AUGUUCGAGCAAGGGGAAUCCUCGAAGGAGGCGCAAAGCAAAAGCGGAGACCAAUUGACUGAGGAUGAUCUCAUCCCAAGCUUCCAGGAAAUCUGGGACAGCCUGAACAAAUAUGAUGAGGAGUACACCCCGUCGAGUGAAAUCCAGAAAUAUCACAGUUCUUUGCAGAAAAGCCUGUACAACAUUCUAUUUUCGAUUAAAUAUUUUCGGUCAGAGGAGUUAAAUAUUGAUGCGCAAUUUUUGAAGCUCGUGAACAGAUAUGUGAAGUUUAAAUUGCAAGGAAAUCAAACGGACGAAAAGGAUAUAUCCAGAUUAGCAAGGUUUCACUUAAAGAAUCAGAAAGACGAUGAUGAGGAGGACGAAUUGCUCGUGGAUGAAGAAGUUGGGGUUUUCCCCACCAAAUGUCCCAUAUCACAAAUGCCUUUUGAAAACCCAGUGACGCAACGGUUUAGCAAAAAUAGAAGGGCAUGUGUGCACACGUUUGAAAAAGCCUUCAUACUCCGAUUGAUGCAAAAUAAAGACACGAUCGAAUGCCCCAUAGCAGCUUGCAAAAAGAAGGUCUACAAAAAUAGCCUACACCCCGAUUACGAAUUUUUGCAUCAUGCAAGGUACAAAAAAUUCCGAGACAACAUUGCAGAGGCCAAGGAGUACUUCGUCAAUCUAAGGAACGACGAAAGCAAAGGUUUCGAUUUUGUUGAGUAA